GGGGAGCGCCGCGCCGAUGGCGCAUGAGCACUGUGUGCCUGACCGUGCGCCAGCGGGAAGGGGUGAUUGCUGCUAGGCAGCUCACGCCUGGCCGCGUCUGACACUGGCUGGCCGGCUGCCGGAGCUGGGCUUGGCUUGGCUAAGUCAGCUUGGAGCGGACGGAGGUUCGCAGCGAGGUCGCCCCAUAGGGUCAAGGAUGGCGGUGAGGCGCCGUUAGUGCCGGGCUGCCCGCGGCGCCAUGGACAGCUUCCUGCAGGAGGAGGCGGCGAAGAGCCGCGCCGGGCAGGCGGGGAGCGACGUGCUGCCGACCCUGCGCCUGCCCUGCCUGCCGCCCGGCCUCUGCCGACCGGCAUCUUCCCAUGAACACAAAUUAAACUUCCAGAAGAGCAAGGAAGCAUGUUUAAAUUACAUUCAGGAUGCCAUGCUACAGAAGCAGUGGAAAAGGGCUGCAGAGUUUCUGACCUUCUAUACUGAGGCACUAGAAAAAGACUUCUCUAGAGAAUACAUGGGUCCAUCAGAGAUUAUUUGGAGAAUAGGAUCUGAAAUACUGUGGCACCAUUCCCACAAUGGCAUGAAGGAGUUCAACUCUUUCAUAGAACAGAUGAAAACGUUAGCAAUAAAAAGGUAUUUGAAGGUUUGUUUAGAGCACGUCUUUCACCUCCUUUGUAACGGACUAAUAGAUGAAGCUUACCAAACCCUGUCCCUGGCAGAAAGCUGGAGGCAUGGGGAACAAACAAGUGUGCAGGAUAAAGAAAUGAAACUGAUUGAGGCUUACAGGGGACUGCUGGACUACUAUAGCUGGGCCAAGCAGAAGCACAUCCUGCUGGAGCACGGUCAGGAUGGAUUUGAAGACCUGUCUGUUGAACAGGAAAUGCACAGUUGCUUUCGGAAGGCAGCAGUGAACUUAAAGGACGUUAUUAAAAUACCUGGAGUCUGGGAUCCCUUUGUGAAAUGCUAUGUGGAUUUGUUGGAGUUCUAUGGGGACCAUGACGAAGCCCGCCAAGUGUUAAAUGAAUAUGCCUACAACUCCAAGUUCCCUGCUAAUCCCAACGCUCAUGUUUACCUCUACCAGUUCCUGAAGAGACAGGGUGAAUCAAAGAAGUCGCUCAUAUCUGCACUCAAGAUCUUACAUGAUAGUGUUCCUUCUCAUGAACUAAUGAUAGAUUUUAAUAUCAUGCUUCAAAAAUCAAAGAAAAGAAAAAAACAUCGACUGGGGCUAGAAGUUAUUUUUGCAGCCUUGGAUUAUGCUGGCUGGAAGGAAAAUGUAAAAGCGUGGAGCUGUUUGGCAAAACAGGUGAAACAAAUCGUAAUCUCUGAGAAGCAUCUUGACUGGAUCAAGCAAGAGUGGAACUCCAGAAGGGACUGGUGGCCAGCCUUCCAUUUUAGCCGUUACUUGGCAAAAAGGAAUUGGCAGGAAAAUGAAAGCCUUUCAUAUGAAAAAGCUCUGGUGGCUGGAAUCUUACUGGGAAAGGAUUGCAGGUACUUUAAAUACGUAUCACACCAAGGCUGCAAAGCUCAGGUGAAAAGAUUUCGGAUGCUGAAGAAAUUUGUGAAUAAGCACAAUCCUGUCUACCUGAGAAUAUCUGGUCUUUCAGACUCCUCUGUACCACCUUGAUUACAAGGCAUCGUUAAGGUUCUUGUUGUACUUUUUCCUGUCUCUGAAAAUGACUCAUGUAUUGGUACUAUUCUAAAAUUUCUAGGCAGACCCUGUUGACUUAGUACUAGACUUAUUUUUAUAUUUCUGUAAAACUGCUUUGGUUUGUAUUUAUUUUAUAAUAAAAUUAAUAUAAAUCAACUGAUAAGGUUGGGGAAUUUUUUUAAUGAUAGUCCCAUAUUUCUGUGUGAAAUGAAAACAGCAUCGAUUUCAGAUACAUCUUAAAAAAUAUUUAGUACUAUGAUGUGGAAUUUCUGUAUCAAUAGUAUUGUAGGGUUGAUUCUCCUUAUGUCUAGAUGUGUAGAUGGUGAUUUAAAUGACUGCUGGAAUGUAGUUCAAAAUGCACUCAGGACUAUCAGUGGCAUUCAUAAUAGGUUUGGUUUCUUAACCUAGGAACAGUACGUGAUGCACUGUGAAAAUGUGUUCUCAACCUGUAAAGGUUACAUAGCUUGCUGUUUCUAACUGAUCAUUUCCUGAAAUAUAACAUAUGGAAAACGGAGAGACACAUGUCACAUUUUUUGUAUUGUAUAUUGAGAUGAGUUAUAGGUUAUGAGGAUCUACUGCAGCUUGUUCAACUACAUAAUGCACUUCAGGAUGUCCAAAGGCAGUUUUUCCCCAUGUCAUCCUUACAGAUUGGUGUCCAGUUCAGGGAUUGUUUUCACAUCACUGGUAGGGGAGAGGGAGAGGCUGCUGUAGCUGUGUGGCUGCAGAGGAAAGCUCAUGCUGCGGUGCUUUGAAAGAGCAAAGGCACAGAACUGCUGAAAACUUCUCUGCCUGGUAGAAACGACUUUCUAGAAUCUUUUUGCAGUCUUGCCUGUGAGCUGAAAUAUGCACUGUUGCUGUGUUUGGAAAGCAAAUGCUAAUAUGUUGUGACAAACCAGCCUUCCAGUUUGAUUGAAAACGACAAAAUGUUUUCCAAAUACUACUUCUGUUUUAAUGACAGGUCUGUAGAGCUCUGGUGAAUGAACUGCUUGAACCACCUCUGGGAAUGAAAUAAAGAUGUCUUUCAUAGCAUAGUAGUAUAUGGAUAAGUACGUCUGUGCUUUUAAAAGCUGAGUGUUUAUCUGGGAGUUCGGUCUGGGUAAGGAUGGGUGUUGUGAUAUAUGCCUGAAGACAAUGUGUCUUAAACAUGAAGUGAGCUACUUGCUCUAACUGUAUGUUCUAUCAAAAAAAGAAGCAAUUAUCUGUCAUUCCAGACCUCUGUGCUAGUUUAGUUCUGACUCCCUAAGAAUGCUGCUGUAAUAGUCUAGGUUUUUGUGGGAGGUCUUCAACUGAGUUUUGAAUGUUUUGAUUUAGAUUGUGAAGUUCCAAAACAGUCUUCACUGCAUCCCUCCUGUAAUGUGUCCCACACCCCUGGGAAGCAACACCCCCUUAUUCUGAACAGUGAUCCAAAUUGUUGCUCCCAAUGACUCAUCUAGAUGGGUUUCAUGCCUGGACAACGGGGCUAAAGCUGUCCUGGGACAGCCCUGGGAGGCAACUGGACAGGGUGUGUCCCCCUCCGCCCCUAAUUUGGCAUCCUGCCUGCCACUGUGCCCCUCUGCUCCUCUGGACUUGCAAAGAUGGGCCUUUGAUGGGCUGGUGACUCUCCAGCGAUGGCCCUGGGAGCAUCCCAGUGGUGUGUUAUUUGGGCUUCUCCCUUCCAUUGUCUGUCUGUGCUCCUUUGCAGGGGUGCAGAGGUGCUUUUAUCAUAUAAUCUAACACAGGAUAGUAUAAAAACAGAAUGCUAGAGCCCCUGCUGCUUGUUCAGAUCUCCCAUGUGAUUUUUCCUUCUGUCCCCUUAGCUGUCAGUGGGAGACGUAUGCCUUGCAGCAGCUGAGAAACCAUCUCUUCAUUGAGGAAUAAAUUUGAAACAAAGCAGCAGAGAUUGGGUGGAGGUAAGAAGAAUGUGUUAAGGACAAUGAGAGGACAAAGGGGAGCCUGAUGUCUUUGAAAAAAACCUGUUAAUCUAUUGUGCUCACACAUUUCUCCUAUGACCCCUGGAAGCAGGGUUGCUACCAGAGAUCGUGCUGUCUCCUGGUGCUAGAGCUACCACGCUGCAGCCAGCAAGGAGAAGAGCAGCACAGCCCCAUCUUUCACAUAACCAUCUCAAGCAUUGCUCUUUCGUGGCCUACAAGAAACUUGCUAUUUCCCAACACCAUUUUGCUUACACCCAAGACAAACCUGCAGAUCACAAGUCCUGAGUGGAAUUCCCUGUCUAAGUUACUCAGUGCAUACUGUAUUUUCAAGCUUGUGUGUUGUGCUUUGUAUAUGGGAACUCCUAGUGGACUGGAAUAUUCUGCUUUGGCUCUGAAUUCUGUGGUCUAGGUUUGGUUUUCUUGUGACUAGACAUUUUCAUCCUGUGUACAAAACUCCUGUAAGGUUUUUUUCCUUCCGUGAAACAAAUAGCACAUCUCAUAUUUGUUGAUCCUUUAUGUAGUGGCAAAGAACUUGUUCGGGGAAUCCACAUCAUCUGCUUCACAGACCCAGUGUCUGUUGUCCUUUUGUUAUUCCACCUCUUGUUCUGGUAUUUUUAAUGUUAAAACUUAACAUAAUAAUCACACGAAAUUGCUAUUCAUUUCAGCGCUAUCCUCUGCUUUUCCUGUUGUUCCAUUCACGUAUUUGAUGCUACAGCUUGUGCUUUCCUGUUUUUAACAAUGUCUUUACAGUCAAUAAAAGCAAGCUAAUGAAGUAUCAGCCACUUUUAAA